UUUAGUCACGUGAUACAUGGCUGGCGCUGGGCGGGAAGACAGAAGAACUAUGGCGGCCAGCAGUAACACUCCGGGGGCGGUAGGCGCUAAUUGUAAAACUUCACCAACGCUGGAGGCAACGACCACAACAACAAUCAUGGCGGCACCGAACGAGGGAUUUUCGCUAUACUUAGAGAGAGAGAGAGAGAGCAAGCGCUCGCCUGUCUGUGGCCUUUGAACACACGGAGACAAAUUUGGCAGAUAAUCGAGCUGAAAUUGUACGUUCAGCCAGGCGUUUACUGCAUUUACUGACAUCGCCUCAGGGACAUCCAAGCACAGCAAGUGAUGAAGCCACAGAUCAGGAUACAGGAGUAGAGCAACAUCGUGGUAGGAGUGAAAGUUCAGCUGCUCGGCCUGACAGACAAUCACUUCAAAUGGAAAUGGCCAGAACCUUUCCAGGAAUUUUUAAUAAAGGCAGAGGAAAGAGAUGCUUUUCAGCAACAAAUGUUAUACCUGCCAAAAAGAUAAAGCCCCUUGAAGUGUCUUUCUACUUGCUACCAAAGCAGUAUGACAAAACUCCAAGUGAGAAAGAGAAACUGAUCCAUAUGCAGGCAGGACUGGGUCCAAGGACUGCUCAUCUGGAUGAGAGCACAACAUAUGAAGAGUUAUGUGAUGCCCUCAAAGUUAUAUAUCCAAAGCUGAGAUCAAUUACUGGUGGAUGGCUGCUAUAUAAAUCAGCAGGAGGAUGGGGUAGCCGAAAACUCUCUCUUGUGUCACCUGAUGACACUGGAUACACAGGCAGACUGUUAAAGUCUGCAGGUCGUUUAGUCAUUGAUGUUGAUGGUGACCAGCCUGAUAUGGAUGGCUGUCAUCCUGCUGAGAUAAAAUCAGCAGCAAUACAGCCAUGUCCUGUUUGUAUGGAAAUGUUCUCCAGUAAAUGUAUUGAGGAACACGCAUCUAUGUGUGGGGAAAGUGUAGUGACUCAUGAAAAUGCCAUCAGUGAGGAAGAACAAUCAGCAAUGCCUGGACCAUCAACAACAUGUACAACUAUUACUGAGGACUGGUCCACUGUCAGUGACCCCAGCAAGGCCAUAUCUCAGUGUGCCGAUCAUUUUCUUCAUAUUCAUGCAAUGGAGAGUUCGUUAACUCUCAACAUGGAUAUUAGAAGAAGUCCUGCUGAACAGGACAUGGCCCUGAUUUCAUUUUAUAAACAAACAAAUGUAGAAUGGGCCCGUCCACUGAAGUGCAGACUUGAAGGAGAUACUGCUAUUGGAGAUGGUGUAACACGUUUUUUUUCUCAAUAUGCAUGGAGAAACUGAAGACUGGGUUUCAUAUCAAUUUCGCAAAUAGCAGUGUCACUCGGCUUUUUGAAGGAGAGCCAGGCCAUUUGGUCCCUUCAGCAUGUCACUUUCUUGUUGAAAGUGACAUGUUCCUAAUGGCUGGGAGAAUGAUGGGUCAUUCCUUUCUCCAUGGAGGGCCAUGUCUGUCAGGACUCAGCCCUGCUGUUGUGCAUGUCCUUCUUGGUGGGAAUCCUGAAACUUCAACAGUCACUCUGGAGGACUGCCCUGAUCUCGAUAUCCGCGACACAAUCAGGCUCUUGGAAGGGGAAUCGCAGCUUUCAGAAAAAGACAAAAUGCGGAUCCAGGAUUUGGGCUAUGCUUGGGACCUCCCUUCCGUGACCGAAAGCAACCGGAAAUGGGUUUUUGAAAAACUCCUAAUCCAUGCGGUAAUUGGACGAGUCACAAGACAGAUCAAGCAGCUGCGACGAGGUCUUAAAGAAACACCAAUGUGGACAGUGCUGACUCAGCGACCAGACACAGCAGCUUUGCUACUUCCAAAAGAGGGAGCAAGAAACAUCUGCCCUGAAGUUCUUCUGCAGCGCAUCACUUGGCCACAAGCAGACGAUGAUGAUGAUGAUGAUGAUGAUGACGACGACUGCUCAGCUGACAGCAAAUGUCGUGUGUCGGGUUACCUCCAGGAGUUCAUCACAAGAGCUACACCGACUGAACUGCUGAAUCUGGUGAAAUUCUGGACAGGCUGGGAGGUCCUGCCAACAGCUCUCUCUGUAGAGGUAACCACAGGAAGAUAUAUCACAGCCUCAACCUGCUUUGAGAUUCUGCGCAUCCCUUGCCACUACAAGGAUUACACUUCUUUCCAGAGUGACUUGCUUGCUUCUGUUUCCACCUGCCAAACAGGGUUUGGUUUACUGUGAAAGUACCAGCUGAUGUUUCAAUAAUUCAAAGUUUUAAAAAUAUUUUAUGUUCUGUUUAACUGUUUUUUAAAGGGUUUUUUAAAAAAAGUUUUAAAGAAGUCAUCUGGAGUACGUUUUGUAAAGUUGAUAUUUCAUCUUUUUACAAGACUCAGUCAAGUCAAAACUGGAUUUUCUUGUCUUGGAUAAGACGUGAAUUAGUUCUUUAUCAAAACCUGAAUAGCUGAUAAUCUUCACUGUUCUUAAAAUAAAACAAACUUACCACUUCAAGUACCAGAGCUGUAAAGGGUUCAGAAUUUUAAAAAGAGUCCUGAGUUUACAUUUGCUGGCUUGCAUGUUUGCU